AUGCGGGCCGCUCGUCUCUCCUUCCUCCUCUACUCCCUAUCCCUCGUGGCCGUCGUCGCCGGUCAGAGCGCUGCGGUCACGAGUGUAGGUAACGCCGUCACUCCCACCACUGCCGCUACCACCGAGGCGGCUACCACAUCAGCUGAAUCAACAUCAUCCACCACGUCUGAGUCUUCUACUUCUACGUCUGAGAGUACCUCGACCACCAGUGAGAGGCAGCCAACCACGACAUCGUCGACCACUUCGGAACAGACAUCCUCGACGACAGAUGCACAGGCCCAUACAACCCAGCCGCAGCAGACGACGUCCACGACGAAUAACAAUGCACAGACGACUGAAGCCACGACCACAAAUAGGAACGGCAGGACCACCGCCGAAAGCACGACCCAGCAGACUACAGCCACCCCCGUUGUGAAGACGGUCACGACAAUUGAGACUAUCAGCGGAACUCCGGUACAGACUACGCUCACCACUACGUCGACCCCCGCCAGCGCUGAUUCUACGGGCUCUCCUGGUCUGAGCGGUACCUCGUCUAGCAACUCCAACGGCAGCUCGGGUCUCUCGUCGUCUCAGAAGAAGAUCAUUAUCGGUGUCGUCGUGGGUGUUGGUGGUGCCAUCAUUGUGGGUGCUCUCGCCGUUGUUGGCUGGAGAAUCCACGCUCGGAAAGCUGCGCAGGACAACGACGAAUCGGCUGAUCUCAUGAGCGGUACGGCUGUCGGUGCAGGUGCUCGCGAGAAGGCGCCCAGCCCGGGUGCCGGCGGCACGCCCUUCAAGACCACGCUGGACCAAUACCACAACCCUGGGCCUGUCAAUGCCGCAUCGAACUUCUAG